AUUACGUUACAUGUGCCUGUGUUUAUAAAUAUAUAUACAUAUCUGGAGAACGCCGAAACCAAUUCUGACUAACACUAAUUUCGUGUUAGAUCAAAAUCAUUUUAAACAACAUCUGGAAGAUAGUACACGUUUUCUAGAAUGUAUUCGUUACUUAAUAAGACUGAGAACGCACACGAAGAUAGUAUUUGGACCUGUGCUUGGGGCUGUUUGAAAAAGAAGAGGGAAUUACAACCGGAUAAUGAAGAUUCACGUGAAUCGAUACAGUUUAACGAGGAUGAAACAAUGGAAUAUUUGGUAACUGGCUCGGUCGACGAUGCUGUUAAAGUUUGGGAACAAAAGGAAAAAAGUUUACAAUUAAAAUAUAAGUUGUCUGGACAUUCGCUUGGUGUAGUAUCUGUUGCUGUAAAUUCAGAUGGCUCCAAAUGUGCAUCAAGCUCGUUAGACUCUAGCUUAAAGUUAUGGGAUUUGGAAACUGGAGAGAAAAUGUCAAGUAUUGAAGUAGGCCCUGUAGAUAUCUGGACGGUAGUAUUUUCUCCGGAUGAUAAGUUCAUUGUAUCUGGUAGUCAUUCUGGUAAAAUACAUUUGUAUGGAACGGAAAGUGGUAAACAGGAACAAACUUUGGAUACUGGGGGGAAAUUUAUAUUGAGCAUUGCCUAUAGUCCUGAUGGUAAAUACAUUGUUAGUGGUGCAAUUGAUGGAAUUAUCAAUAUCUUUGAUGUUACUUAUGGAAAGAUGUUGCGUGCGUUGGAAGGACAUGCAAUGCCUAUUAGGUCACUUUGUUUUUCACCAGAUUCUCAGUUAUUUCUAACUGCGUCAGAUGAUGGACACAUGAAAUUGUACGAUAUGAAAGAUCCUAAUGUAGCAGGAACUAUGUCAGGUCAUGCUUCGUGGGUACUUGGUGUUGCUUUUUCUCCAAAUGGUCAACAAUUUGCAUCUAGUAGUUCGGAUCAUACAGUUAAAGUGUGGGACCUAGCUCAAAGACAAUGUUUACAUACAUUUAACGAACACAACGAUCAGGUAUGGGCUGUAAAGUACAAUCCACAAAGGAAUAACAUAAUUGCAUCAGUAUCUGAAGACAAAUCCAUUAAUCUUUAUGAAUGUCCAUUGUAUGAUAAAUAAAUUUUUAUAAUUAUGAA